AUUGCAUUUCAGAUUUGACUAGUACAUUGUAGUUAGUUAUCGACGCCACUGAUUUGCCGAAGAAGACAGAUGGCGAGAUCGUGCUCUAUCUGGACGCCUAUCUUGAUCUCACUUUCUCCGAUGACCGGUGAUUCAGCUAAAGUUUCCCGGCGACGGGUGAUUUUAGCCACAAGUGUAGGUUCUCCUCAGCCUUUACUUGAAGCAAACAUUAAGGAACCGCAAGUCAUUGAUUCCAAAGAUGUUUCCAGGAGAAACACGUUGCUGUAUCUAACGGCUGGAGUUCUUGGUGGGGUUAACUUGCUCCAUGGUGAAGCUGCAGAAGCUCGAGUAGGGAGAAAGGAGAACAGGAGAAAAGCUUUAGAGAAGCUGAGAGGGAGAGCGAAAGAGUCUGAACCCAAGUCAGGAGACGAGAAUAAGAAAGAGUUAGACGCUGAAAUAUUUCCUCUACUUCCUCCACCUCUCCAACCACAAGCUCUUGGACCUGUUGUUGAAGCAAACUUGUUGCCAUAAAACCUACCUCUUCUUGCUUUGCACAAUGUUGAUAAUCAAACUAGAUUCCAUUUCAUCAUCAUCAUCCAACAAAAUGACACAACAUAAUGUUCCGUCA